UUUGAUCUAAUGCGCCAGUUCCGAGACGCGCGCGCACGAUAGCCGUCGAGCUAUUUCUACUUUUACCCGCCUUCGCAAAACCGCUUAUUUGCGCAUUUUAGCAGUUUUGUCUUUAUUUAUCCACAAGAUUCGAUGUUCAAACUUCCAAAAAAAUCAUUUUUUGGAUGUAACAGACAGCUGUGUUUGUCGUAAAACCCCAAGGAGGACAUUCAAACAGAAGGCGCGAGCCGGUUUGACGGUUCUCAGCGCGAGGCAUCUUUUACUUUCAUUUAUUCUCGUUCGGGGCUUACACAAGUUGCCACUGCACCUUUAAAACAGGAAAAUAAGUAAUUAUACUUGCAUUUUGUCAAAGUCAAACCCGUUUUUCAUACUGUACUCUGGUAAAGAUAAAAAGCAUGGCGCAAUUUCACGAGGAUCCGGCGCUGCUCACUAAAGAGAAACUGAAGAGUGAGUUACUGGCUAAUAAUGUUCCUUUACCGAGCGCUGACAGCAAGAAAGACGUCUAUGUUCAGCUGUAUCUGAAGAACCUGACCGUGCUCAACAAGAAGAGCCUCUCUCCUCCCGCUCAGGACACUUUCUCCAGUGAUGAGGAGAUGACAGCGCCAGUGGUGUCCGACAGGAGCCGCUCGGGGAGGAAAGCCACAAGAAAGACAGACAGAGUUCGGGCUGAGGAGAACGACUCUUUGGGAUUGACUGAUGAAGAGUUGAAGGUUCAGCUUCUGAAGUAUGGAGUCAAUACAGGACCAAUUGUUGCAACUACACGUAAGGUGUACGAGAAGAAACUCCAGCAGUUCCUGGAGCAUCCGCCGCUGGAGAAUAUCCUUCCUGAACCCGAGACCGCGAUCCCAGAGGCCAUCACCAUCAAAGCAGACGGAAACCAGAACGGCAACACGCAUUCAGCUGAAGAUCAGUACAGCGACAAAGAAGAAGAAAUUGAUCCUGUACCUGAGCCGGUUCCUGUAGUGACGAAGCCCGUCCGGAGCAGAGGAAAGACCCCGGUCACCACCAGGACCAGCAGCCGGCAGCGCUCUAAACAGGUUGUGGAGGAGACGGCGUCGGCCACUGAGGAAGCGUCCGUCGACGGAGGAGAUAUACUGAAGGAAAUCUUCCCCAAUGAACCCGCCACACCAACCGGAAUAAUGGCCACAUGUCGGAGGCCGAUCCACGGUGCGGCCGGGCGUCCGGUGAAGCCGCUGAACCUCUGGUCCGAGGAGUCGCUCCUUCAGCAGAACACUUACACCGCGACUAAAUCCUCCGUCACAGACGUCCGCAGUGCAGCUCCCGCCGCUCGUCCCGCUCCUCGCCGCUGGUUCGCUGUCUGGCUGAAGCUUCUGGUGUUCAUCGCACUGGCUGCGUCUCUGUACUACGCCUUCCAGAACGUCACCGCCGAUCAGAUCGACUCCUGCCAGCUCUAUGUCCAGAACAAUCUGAUCACACCCAUCAUCAAUUACAUGAAUCUGGAUUACCAAUCAGGAGGCGGCGACAGCAAGUGAGCGGCAGAUCAAGCCGAGCCGCUUCAGCAUGCAUUACCGUCAGACUGAUUUUCUAGUCAUUUAAGGAGCAACGCAUCGGCAGGGUUUGGGGAGGGGGGGAUUCUGGUUAUUUCAGUUUGACCUAGCAGUCACUUCUGAAUAGACUUGUGUUUCAAGUAGUCUUUAAACUCUGUGUGUUUUAAUCUUGCUUUGGGAUUUUACGGUUUUUGUAGCAUUCGAAGUGUAGUGUUCAUUCACGAUCGCUAGCAGUGAAUCAUUCGCCGUUCAGAAUCACACAUCGAGAGUUUCGGUUCGUUCAAGUGCCAAGAUGCGGCCAACACAAGCAUAAUUCGGUUUCACACACACAUCACGGCUCGAAGGGAAAGCCUCAAGCUAAAAAAAAUCUACGUUUUCCUGAAUAAACCUGGUGAAGUUUAUUUUUAGCGUGACUGAAUCUGUUGCUAAUGAGACCAGAGUGAGAAAAUUGUGUUCUUGCAUAGUGGGGUGAAUCUCACAAGGACAUUUCUAGGUCAUAUUUCACCACAAAUAAAAAAAAAGAUAUCAAUAUUCAUGUUGCGAAAUGAAAAAACACAUUCUUAUUACCAUAAGGUAAAAAAGUAAUAAUUUGUGUUACUGUAAUUGUGGCAUUUUUUCAAAUUAAUAUAAUAAUUAACUUAUGGGCACAACUUUUUUACUUAUAAUUGGCAUAAGUUGAAUUCAGUUUAAGUACAAUCACUGUGCGGUUACUUAAAAUUAACAUUUCAGGGAUUACAUUUAGUUACAUUAUUAUUAUUUUUGACUUUACAGUAAUGAAAAUCGGGUGGAAUGUGCUUGAUUGAAUAUAUUUUGAAUAAUUGUUGCUUUUGUGGUGAAAUAUGACUUUGAUAUUCGGUAUGUUUGACGGUUUUCGUGAGCUUCAUCCCGUAGCUUUUGUUUAAAUGACUUGUAGCACUGAAAUGUUCAAGCUAAUGGCACUACCAGCUCAGAUAAUGUCUGGUUUUAGAACUAGACUUUUUAGAUUGAUAUUUGUUUUUUAUCCAGAGCUUGAAAGAAAAUGUGAUCUUAUAUGAAAGUCUCGUGUAGUAAAUAACGCUUUAUUUCUGGUAAGAGGCAGUUUUAUUUUUUUUAUAGGUAAUGGUGGUUUGUUAAAUGUGUUUGUGAUGUUUUCAUAAUGUGAUGUGGCACUGUAGCCGAUAUUAAAACCCAUAAUGAGUCCGCCGACACUUGCCUGCUAUUGACUGUAAUCAGACGUCUGUGAUUCAUCUAAACUGAAUUAAUUUCUUAACUGUGAUUUUUAAAAACAAAGUACUAAGUAUAUAUUCAUUUCAUUCGAAAACAAUAGGCUACAUUUGUGAUGCAUCUUAAUUUGCAGGGGUUUGUUUUUAUAUUUUGCUACUCAAUUUAAUCACGUUUUAACUGCAAUAUUUUUCUAACGUCUUCUCAAAAGUUAAAAACUUUUUUUAAAAUGCAGUGGGUUACUUUUAAAUAAAUGUACAUAUACCGACUCCACUAACCAUUGACUAACAUCUUAGUUUUGUACUGCUGUGUCAAAUGCAGUAAAUGGUAUACAAGUCCAAUUUGCACUUUGUAUUUAGGCAGCUAUUUGUGGAAAACUGGGCAUAUGGAAUGAUUUGAAUAUUUAUCCUUGAUUCAAAACAAAUCUGUUGUGAAAUAAAAGGAAACCAUUGAGAUCCCA